UAUUGCUGGCUGAGCGAGCGCGCCCCACUAAACUGAUUGUCUACGACAAAAAAUCCUCAUGUGCGUGUGUAGUUAGAUUAGAUACAUUUUAGAGUAAUUUUGUGUAAAAAACCUUUAAAUGCGAUUCAUGGUUGAGUAUUCAAGUAAUUUACGAUUUGAGCUUGUAGAAAAACAUUGUUCGUAACAAAUUCCACCCAAAUUAAGUUACAUACUUCACUUAUAUACAUUCUGCGUCUAUCGCAAUAUGGCCGUCCUGUAAUGAUUUGGUGGCCAGUAAUAUUAUUGUGAUUUCGUUGCAUGCUAAAUACCAAAAUGGAGCUUCGAGUCGGUAAUAAAUACCGACUGGGACGUAAAAUCGGUUCAGGAUCUUUUGGAGACAUUUAUCUUGGAACAAAUAUUGUUACUAAAGAAGAGGUAGCUAUCAAAUUAGAAUGUAUUAAGACAAGGCACCCUCAACUACACAUAGAGAGCAAAUUUUAUAAACUUAUGCAAGGUGGAGUUGGUAUACCAGCUAUAAAAUGGUGCGGCUCGGAAGGAGACUACAAUGUUAUGGUAAUGGAACUGCUCGGCCCUUCACUGGAAGACCUCUUCAACUUCUGCUCCCGUCGCUUCUCCCUCAAGACUGUUCUACUUCUUGCUGAUCAACUCAUCACUCGCAUUGAGGACAUACAUUACAGGAACUUUAUUCAUAGAGAUAUUAAACCAGAUAACUUUCUUAUGGGCCUAGGUAAAAAAGGGAAUUUAGUGUACAUAAUAGAUUUUGGCUUAGCGAAGAAGUACAAAGAUGCACGCACACUGCAACAUAUCCCGUACAGAGAAAACAAAAACCUAACAGGAACAGCGAGAUACGCAUCGAUAAAUACACAUUUAGGCAUCGAACAAUCGCGCCGCGAUGAUCUGGAGUCAUUGGGCUAUGUACUCAUGUAUUUCAAUCGCGGCAGCCUACCCUGGCAAGGACUAAAGGCGGCAACCAAACGCCAAAAAUAUGAGAGAAUAUCUGAAAAGAAAUUGUCUACUCCUUUUGACGAACUUUGCAAAAACCACCCCAUUGAGUUCCAACUGUACCUCAAGUACUGCCGACGGCUGCGUUUCGAGGAGCGACCUGAUUACAGCCACCUUCGUCAGUUGUUCCGCACGCUCUUUCACCGGCAAGGCUUCACAUACGAUUAUGUCUUCGAUUGGAAUAUGCUCAAAUUUGGUGGUCAGCGUGGUAAUUACCAAUCAGGUGCCAACGACCGCACGUUAAGACGUCAUGAACAAACUCAGGAACAAGAGAACACGGCGGGCGCGGCGGGCCAGCCGAGCACUACGGUGGCGGCGGUGUCGGAGUGGCGGUGAGGGAUCUCGCUGUCGUCGCAGUGUUAACACCACCACUAUGGAACCACGUUCGUAUUGUGUGACCUGAAUGUUCUGUUCGACCGAACAAACGACACAGACUUGAUAUAUUCACGUAUUAUGACGGUGUUUUAACGACGACUUAUCACGUCAUCGAAGCGCUCGGUAGGAAUUGAGGCGCGAGCGUGGACGUCCCCCGACGUUAUCACGUUCCGAGAAAUAGAUUCUGUAUUAAAAUAAGGAAACAAUUUUGUAUGCAUUCGUGUUAACAUUCAUAUUAUUGUAAAUUAUUUAAUUAUAGACUAAGUGUGAUGAUGAGUGGGCCGUGGAAUAAAUAAAUAGAUUUUUUUAGUUUGAAUGUGACUCAUUUAAGCAUAAAGUUAAUUGAUAGGCCUACCCAUACAUCAUUGUACUUUAUGCUCAGUUAUAUUUAGAAGUAAGAUACAUAAUCUAUCUUAUUGGUAAGUUUUAAACAGUAAAUUGUCAAUUGGUCCCAAAAAAAUCGGUCAAGGGCCUUGACUUGAUAAUUAUAGGAAAAUAAUACUGCGUUCUGACAAGUUUCAGUUUCUACUUGACAUGACACAAAUAUCAAGUAGUUAUCUGUAAGUCUAAAUGAAUUGAUUUUCUUUGGCAAAAUUGAGUAAAACUGCCAUAAAUAUAUUAUUUAUGUUGCCAUUUCAAUGAUAAUAGAAGACCCAGUAAUAGUUAAUUCACUGGUAACACAUGCCGACAUAUAAAAACAAUGCUUAUGAAGUAAACUAUAGGAGCUUAAACAUCAGUUAAAAUAACUAUAUCACUAUGAAACAAGCAAGUAAUACCAGGCUUAUAUUGUUUUGUUAAUUGUCACAAUGUAACCAAACAUCAAUAUAUGAUGUCUACUGUUAAACAUCUGCUAAGUUAUAACGUUUUCAAGUUAGCAUAGUGUUCCUAACUACUGGCCAUUUCCUUGUUAGUUCAGUACGAAAGAACGCUGCUAGUAACAUUGAACGAAAGUAAUUAAGUUUAAACACAGUAUGUUCAAAUACUGACUUAAUAAAAAUUAAUAAUAAUUAUAAUUUACAUUUGUUCAUAAGGAUCGAAAGAGAGAUGAUAUUUAAGACCUUCCAGGGCCGAUAUUUUUGCGGAACCUUCUUAUGCUGACGAAUUUAUCCUAUCAGCGGGCUUUAAAUAAAUAAAAUUUCUUUUUAAAUUCUGAAACAAUCAAUCAGGUUUUGUAAAAUCAUUGAAAAUGUUAUGUUGUGCAAUAUUAUUACCUUGAUUCUUUUAGUUUUUAAAGAUACCAGUCUUUGAGUUUAGCAUUUUGUCUUCCAAGUUUUUUUUAAUUAUAUUAAUAUCUUCAUUUCGUGCUGAAAGGGGUAAUAUGUACUUUAUAAGUAUGUGACGUGAAGGACGUCUGUCUAUCAGAUAAUUGAGUUAUGAUUUCUAAGCGACAAUUUACCUGGUCGGAGUAAUCCAUAGAUAACUAUUUAUGUUCACUCAGUUCAAACACUUUCUUUUUCUUAUUAAUCGAGUGACAUCGUGAGUUGUUAAUUCCGAUAUGAUAUCAAUUAAGUUAUUCACUUGAUGUUUUCGUGCUAGUAGACAGGCGACCUAGAGACCAUGUUACACGGUAUGUCCAGCCACUGCCAUAGCUUUAUGUAAGUAAGUUGAUUCGGAAAUAAAGUUAACUCAUGAAAAUGUUGCAGUUAAUUUUUUUUUACUAUACUUUAUUUUCAAAUACUGUAUUGACAAAAUUUAGAAAAAUUAUAAUUAUACAUGCUUGAAGUUGCAAACAAUUAAGUGCGUGUAGCGAUGUCUACAUUCCGUGAUUACUUCUAUUAUUUCGAAAAAUGUACAGUUCGCAUCAAAUUUAAUGGAACACGGCUGUUUGAAUCGUCUAAUCUAUGAAAACAACUUUAUCUUGUACAAACAAACAAUCAGAAUAAUGUUGCUUGUUCUGAAACUCGUUUAUAAAUUGAUGAAGUGUUGUUAAAUCUACAAAGAUGAUUUUGAACAGUCUGUAUCUUCAAAUACAUUUGAUGCCGACUUUCACGAGCCGAUCGAAAACUUCAAGGAAUCUAUGAUCUCAUGUAAAUUACCAAAUUUUCUCAUACAUAAUGUAGUUCAAUGAAAUCUGUUACCAUUCUCAUUUCUGUCAAAAUGUUUUUGUUCUUCUGCUUUUUGAUACAAAGCUGUAAAAUGUCCUAUUCUCUGUCAAUGUCUAGCGAAUGUUAAUAAAUAUAUAAUAAUAGUUUGUAAAUAUAUGACUUUAAAAACAA